AUGGAUCCCGUUCGUCCAUGGUAUGCAUCAUAUAAUCGUCUUGCUGCAAGUAAUGCUACCAGUACGUUUCAAGCAAAUUCAAGCACAAACAGCGAUUUUGUACCUCAUCACUUAGCAACAACUGCUACUCAAGCUGUUCCUUCAACAACAACGUCACAAUUACUUUUACAAGCAGCUCACACAACUGCAACUCUGGCGGGACAGCCUUCUCCAUUCAACCCAGGGGGAUUUUUGUCUCCACCCCCUGUGGGAUAUGAUGUCUUCACACCUUUGUUUCAUCAUACUAAUCCUAAACAAGCACAUUAUGUUACUCAACAUAGACAAGCUCUUGCUCAAGCACAAGUGUCAGUAACGAAACAAAAUACUACAACAGAAUCUGAUAUUCCUGUGUUAAGAGAAAAUUAUAGUUCAGCACAUCAACCAACAUUUUUUGAACAUCAGGGUGCAGCAACAUCACCUACAACAUCUACGUUGGCUUGGACUCAUCAGAACAACGCACAAUUACCUAGUCCAUUUGGUAUUUUGCCUCAUGAAAGUGUUGUUCCUUCAUCUCCAGGACCAUCUACCACAAAACCGAGUGGUGUUUAUGAAAAUACGUUCAAUUCUCAAUUUGCUACAACGCAAACUAUAAACAAUCUAAAUUCUCAAUUAUCUACAUCUUCUGUUUCUGCUGCAGAAUUUAAAUCAUCCAAUUUUCCAGAUAAUAAAAAAACAGUAAACGUAAGGCCUCAAUCACCAGCAGUAAUACCUACUACAUUUAAUUCUGAAACAUUAGCAAAUAAUUAUUCUACUGGCAAUGGAAGUCAAACUUCAAAUGGGAAAGUACAACCUAUCCUUCAACAUCAACAAUCCUGCAUUGUUUCAACUACAAAUAAUGCAACCAACAAAGAGUACAGGAUUCCUCAACCACCUUCUAGGUCAAUUGCAACAACCAUAUUUUUAAAUACAUCUGUCAGAUCUGUGUCUUCGCAAGUACAAGAUAAACAAUCUACACGAAAUUUUGCUUCACCUCCAAAUAAAGCAACUUCUUCACCUCAACAAAAUAUUCAAACUAAAGCACAGACAAAAAUAUAUCCAGAAUUAAGUACACACGGUAGUGAACAUAGACGAAACGAACAAACUUCUCAUGAUAAUACUCAGUCAUCUCCUAUCAGCUUUUCUAUUAUGGAUUCACGUGGUUUGAACUAUACUGCUGGAAAUAAUACAAAUUGUACAAACACCAGUGGAAAACUUAAUAACAAUCAAAGAACUCAAUCAAACAGUAAUUUACAGACUCAUUCUCAACAAUCACAACAGCAACAACAGCAGCAAUUUCAUGUUUUAACUCAACAACAGCAGCAGCAGCAGCAGCAGCAGCAGCAGCAACAACAACAACAACAACAACAACAACAACAGACAUCAUAUAGACAUUAUAUAACAGGAUCUACUACUGAAUCUGAAUAUCAUCAUUCAGGAAGAUCAAAAUCUGCAACUUCUACUGAUUCUACUUAUUCUUCUAACAAUGCAACACAAAAUGGACCUGACUGUAGCGUUGUUGUGCCAAGAAGGCCCAGUCCAUUGCAAGCACAUUCACAAGCAAGUCCAUUAGGACAUGUUCCAAGCCCUGCUUAUCCUAUGUAUAAUAGUCCAAUGGCUACCAUCUCUUCUCCUUCACCUUUACAACAACAUACAGAAAAUGGAAAUCAAUGUGCAAGCGGUGGACCAUCAUACAAAGGAAGUGUUCAACAACAAGUCACACCACCAUCGCCGUUAGAUGUUACUGUACCACGACCUGCAUCGCAGGGUCAGGUUGUUUAUUCGUCUGUUAUUACAAGGGCUUUAGGUACUGCUGAAAAUAAAACCAAUUACACUGACAGUAAAAAUUACGAUAGACAACAACAAGAUUUUUCACAAACCCAGAAACAAGUUUGCUGGGAAAAUGAUAAUCGGCAACCAAACAAUAAUAGAAAAUUUUCCGUUACUCUAUAUACUGGAGGAAAUUCUGAAGUAAACCCUCAAACCUUGCCAGUUCAACAAGUACAACGAGUCCUAAAUGUUUCUGAUAGACAACAAUCAUAUUUUGAUUCCAAUCAAGUAACUCUACAAGAUUUAAGUAGCUGUAGAGGAGAUCCCAUGAGUAUAGUAAAAAAUUUGCAGACAUUACAAGGUUCUUGUCAAGUACAGCAGCAACAAACUACUGUAUCUGUUACUCCAACAGAACAACAAAAACAAGUAGAAGAACGACGAAAAGUAGAUACAACAAACAAAAAAAGAAAAAAUUUAGAAAAAGUUGGACAUAAUUCUUUAAACGAAAUGACUGGAACAACAACAACAAUGACAGAAUACUUAAGUAGAAUACCACCACCUGCUCAUCAUAAUACAAAUCAACAACAACAAAAUGGUUAUUUUGAUUUUGAAAGAUGGAAUUUACCUCCACCCCCUGCUAAAAUGUUUUCCGGUGCAUCAGGUGCUUUCAGUUCACAAUCAACUUUACAUCAUUCAAAUAAUUUUGUUGGCACUCCAGCACAUCAACAUCAAUCACUGAUGGUGUCCCAUCAUCAUGCCCCACCUCCUAUUCCAUAUUUCCCUGCUUUUCAUAUUCCACCAAGCCAUCAUCAUUCACACGAAUUUCAAUCUUCUGUUGAGAUUACUCCCAUUGGUUUUACUGAAAACGCAGCAAAUCAAAAUGCUAAUUUUAAUCAAGAUAUCAGAGAUGAUCAACCUAAAGUAAUUGUUCCUAACAUCGAAGAAGAACUAGGCUUUUUACAACAAAAUCAGCAACCAGUACAAACUGUGAACCUUUUAAAUAAAGAUUUCAAACGAUCAAAUAAAGACCCUAAUUCAGGAUUUAUGACAAGUUAUUUGAAAUUUUUACAAGGUGAAAGGGAACCUUCACCUCCACCUGCAAUACGUGGUGGAAGAAAAGCAACUUGGAGUAGGUCAAAGCCUUAUAUUCCUAUAGAACCUAAUAAGUCGAUAGAAAAUUCGACAAACGGAGAAGCAGUAAAGACACAGUUAGAAAAACCACCUCCACCUAAAGAAACACCAGUAAUUGAUUAUACUAACGAUCCACGAUAUUUUCCUUUACCCAAAGAACGAAAGAAACAGAAUUUUGAUUCGAGCGACGAUGGUUUUACCAGUGAUGACGAUUUUCUAUUUCCUCCAAAAAAAUCAGAUAAGAAAGUAACAAAUAUAAAUACUUCCAAUAUAACAGAAGUAACAACUAUGAAACCGGAAGGUAAAUCUAAGAAAGGAAGACCAAUUAAGCCUGGAGGACCAACAGAUAGAAAAAGAAGAGCUGCAGCAGCAGCUGCUGCAGCAGAGGCAACAAUCAGUACAUCUAGUAAAGCUUCUAAAAAACACGAAGAAGUAGAUCCUUUACUUUUACCUCCGAGGCGUGAAACGUCUAGAAGAAAAGCGAAAGAAAAGACUUCGGUAAAACAAUUUUUGGAUCGACAACAGGGUAUAGAUUAUUUUGACAAUGAUGAAGAGCAGGGAGAUUCUGAUUCCGAUCCUGCUUGGACACCCGCUGUAAAAUUGGUCGGAGAUGAAGAAGAAAAAAAGAAAAAACGUGGGAGACCUGUCAUUACUAAAAAAAGUAGAAAAGUUUUGGAAGAAGAUGAAUAUUCUUCUGAUUUUGUUAUUUCAAAGAAAUCAAGUAGAAAAAAACACGAGACGCCGUCAAAAACUUCUAAUGUUACUGGAAAGCUAUCUUGCAAGAUAGACGAAAAACUUUUGGCAUCUAUCAGUGACGAAGAUAUUGAUAUUUCACCAUUUAAGUCGGGAGAAUUUGUCGUAAUCAAGGCAGAUUUAGAUGAAGAAUAUCCUCCACUUUGGAGAAUAGAUGGCAAAACAUUACUGCAAAAAUACGAGCCAUUUAAAUCUAAUGGCAAGACUUUAUAUAGAAACAUAUCUACGUACUCGGGUUGGGCACCGCAAAAUCGACAUAUAUAUCAACAAGUUCCAGUAAAGUUUUGGCAACAAAGCAAAACAGAAACUGUAGUAGAGUUUCUAAGAGAUGAAAUGAUUAUUGAUGACAACGAGUGUAUCGACAAAUCUAUGAAAGAUACUGAAAAAUAUCAAGAUAAUUUUGAAGUGUAUAUUCAAACAUUGAUUUCGCAAGCUUUAGAUUCUAAUUUUCUUACAGAAAUAUUUCAAGAACAAGAUGAUUAUUUCUUAUCAAACGUUAAGACUGUCGAUGAAGUAACAGAAGAAAGAAAACAACGACUUCUGUCUACAACGAAAUGGCGGUCAAAUGUUAUAAAUGCAAUAUCAACUUGGCCAUGUCUUAACGUUCUUAAAGAUUUACCAUUUAUGGAAUAUAAAGGAAAAUCGUGUGCUGGUUGUCAGCAGCCUAAAAUUCACGCUAGGGUUCUACUAUAUGGUCAACCAUAUAAUGCAACUACAUUGGAAGGUUCUCCUCCUGAUCCAAGGAUACCUCAAGAAAAGGAUUUUUUAUUAUGUCGAGUAUGUCAAGCAAAAAUAGCCCUGUACAAUAAAGUGGCACAUCAAAAAUAUUUGAUGUUCUUGGAGUGUGCAAGGAGAGUAGCAGAUAAGAGAGUAGCAGAUCCUCAUAAAGAUACCACAAUAAUAUUGAACGAAUUAUUAGCAGAUGAAACAUGGUUAAAUCAAUUAUUUAAAGAAGUUAGAACAAUCUGGGCAGAAAUAGAUAAUUUAGAACAUCAAGCAAAAACGAAGUCUAGUUUGAAAUCAUCAACAUUAUCUUCUACAGUAAACAGUGCAGAGGAAGUGAAUGAAAAUGUUUCAAUGACACAGCCAACUGAAAUGAUUGCUAAUAUUUCGGAUUCACAGGUGCCUACACAUAAAAUCGAGGAGAAUUCUGAAACAGUGUCUUGCGACGUGCAGAUGAGCAGUAUACCAUCUUAGUGGUGCUAUGUUAAUCGAAAUUGGUUCUGUUUCAUAGAGUACGUGAAGACUAUCAAACAUUUAGUGGUAUAUCGAUUUAAUGGAUAUGAUGUUAAUACCAGUCUUGAGACCAAACAAUUAAAUAUUGUAUUUUGAGGAUGGUAAAUAUUUAAAUUGAGUUAAUACAAUACGUUGUGACAAAGGGUGAAGUUAAAUAAUAAUGUGUAAUCAAGAAAUUGUAGUUAUAGUGAUGAGUAGUGAACGGCGAGGUAAGUAAAAAGGUGAUUUAUAUAUAAAUAUCAGGCAUAUGUAAAAUAUUCAUCCUCGCGUAAAAAUUAGAAGUGAGCCCAAACUUUGCCAUUGUAAUAGCAUGAUAAUAGAGAUUUACGAAUGUUUGUGUGCAUAGACAUUUAGCUCUAGCAUUUGCAUCGUGAUAAUUUUGCGUAAUAUCGAGGUCUGAUACGUUAAGAUCUGAAAAAGAAAGACGAAAGACAAAUGAUUUUAAAAUACGAAGCGUUAAGGUAUAUAAAACCUCAUGACCUUCUGUAAUAUAUUUACAUACAUCACAUUCUCUUUAUCUGCGAAGGUCUAUUUACUGCCAAGUGCAGAAACUGUUAUACCGUUUGUUCCUCUAAUUGUAAUUUCUAAAUUCAUUGUGCAUUUUCUUUAUAAAGUAGCUUACACCUAUUCUUUUAUAAUGAUUCAACAAAUAUAAACGAUAUUUAUAUGCAUGUUAAUUUGUAUAUAAAGUUCGUGCAACUACAAAAUUUCCACGUUAAAAAUGUUCAGAAGUGUUCCGAGAUAACAUUCUUUUAAUAAAACAUUUCCCGGCGAAUGCAAUAUUUUGAAAGUGUGCGUUGUUUUCUUAUCAGAAAACAUUAGAUACUUCGUAGAACAUUUGUAUAUAAAAGUACUUUCAGUAAGAUUAGAAAUACGUCCUAUGCACUUCUGGUUCAUUAUAUGUUGACAUGCAAAUUUUAUAAACUACGUGUAUUAUAUCUUCCAUUGUAACGGCUUAAUAAUUCAGUAGCAAAUUUCUAAGUUCUUCCAUCUUAAAGUAAUUUUUAAAAAGCGAUUCCAUUCUCAUUUUAUAAAAUACGAACAAAAUAUUAACAUCAUUUUAGAUUAUUUAUUUUUGUGAAUAAUCUUGUGACUUUAGCAACAUACGCAUAUUAUGUAUGAAAUACGAAUGAAUGUUGCAUAAAAAAAAUGUAUCUAUUUUCAUAGAAAUUCUGGUAAUAUCAGUGAUUUAAUGAUAUCUCUGAUCUAACGAUCAAAAUUACAUUUUUUACUACUUAUUCUAUAAUCAGAAUUUGUAUCAUAUCUUCCUUUUCAAAUCUUACUAAUAAUAAUCAAUGAAAGGUAAAUAAAUUGUUAACAAAGAGCAUAUAAAUUUCAAUCAAUUUUUUUUUUUUUUUCU